UUUUUAGCAAUGUACUUACUUUUUUCGUUAGUCUACAGCUUAUGAGCACAUCCGGAUUCUGGUGUGUCACAACAUAGGUUUAGCGACGUAGGUGGUGUUUGAAGAAGGAACAAGAAAGAGACAUUGGUUUCAGCUGUGUCUUACAGUGAGACUUUACAAUCGCAGCUUCGCAAAACAGAUGCCCAGUUGACUUUGAAGAGAAUUGACGAUGGCUAGAUACCGAACAAUGUUGGAAUUACUCCUCAGUGUCGGGAUCCUUUUUAAAGGAUGUGAUUCUGAUGUGAAAUGCAGGAACGACAACGGAAAAGAGGUGGACUGGUAUAUUUUAUAUAAAUAUCCCAAAGAUGGGAAUGACGGUUUGCGCUAUCUGUACAUGGAUGAGAGCACCAACGGGUGGCAAGUUAGCAACGUAGCAAUCAACAGUGCAUCUGGUACUCUGGCAAACACCCUGAAACCUCUGCUUGACUUCUACGACAGAAAGUCGGAAGGUUUUGGAUACAUGCUCUAUAGUGACCAACCUCCAUCACCUAAACAUGCCUCUUCAUCAUAUGGCCAUAGUAAAGGAGUCGUGAUGUUGGACAAACAAACAGGAGUUUGGCUCUCACACAGUACACCGAGGUUUCCAAAAUAUCGCACCAAAGACUUCUGGCCCACCAGUGGAGCCGCAAAUGCUCAAACCUUUAUGUGUGUGACUUACUCCUACGAGACAUUCAUGGACAUAGGAUUGCAGAUCCAGUACAUCCAUCCUUAUUCAUAUGACUACGAUAUUCCAACAACCUUCCACAAUGAGCUGCGAUGUGUUGCACAGCGAGAUAAAUGCUACCCAACGAAGGAACCGUGGUUUCGUGUGAAGACUCUGACUUCAGUGCACGGACGCAAAUUCACCAGCAUUGCAAAAUACACACGUUUUGGGGAUGAUCUUUAUUCUGGACUCGUUGUGAACACUUUGAAGAAUGAUCUGUAUGUCAAGAGUUGGGGAAAGAUGCAAACGAACGCCAGUCUGCCUUCUAACUGCGGCCCCAUUAUCCCACAUGAUGUGUACAAUGUGGAGAGCAUAAAGAUCCCAAAGACGAAGAUAACCUUUAAGGAUACUUCAGAUCAUUCCAAGUGGUGCGUGACUUGCGUUGGUGACUGGACCUGCAUAGCCGAUUUGAACAGGCAAAAGAGUCAGAUGAAAAGAGGUGGAGGAGCACUAUGCAUUGAAAAUUAUACGGUUGCAGAGGCUUUCAGAGACAUGAUAGAUUCGUAUGAAGAAUGUAAACAACCACGUGUUGGUGCUCAAACUAGAGAGCUUUAGAGUAACGACCCUUUAUGUCAAUGUAAGGAAAAGUGUGUCUGCGCUACCAGACAAGACCCAAAACUGCAGCCUGGCAUCAUUUGCCAUGAACUGCACCAUUACGUACCCAGACUUAGAGACGCUGUGAGCUUGAUAUUAUGGAAGUUAAAUACUCCAUGUUAAGUGUAAGUGAAUUUUUAAUAUUAUUUUUUAUUAAAAACGUUUUAACUUGCGGGCCUCUAAAACCCCUAUUAAGUAAGGUAUCUCUUAAUGGUGGGGUACUUAGGAAUACUAACUGGCUCCACAUUUAGAAAUAUAAAGCACAACAUUAAAAUAACCUUAAGAUUUAACAUUUUUUGAUUUUCCAAAAUAAUUUGACUUACCGCAACCCGAAAGAUUUUUAUCUCUAAUGCUGAAGGUCUGUUUUUUUUUUAAGUGUGCACUGUGUUCUUUCUUGAAAAGUGAGACAAUGAACAACACUCAAAAAAUCGCCUUUUGAGAGUUCUGUUGAAGAACACUUGCCCCUCCUUCAUCAAAGGUUUCUUGCUUAUAACAUUGUAUUCAUGAUGGUGGUUUUAGGAUACAAAUAGGAGGCAUUUUAAUGUUGUAUUGUAUACUGGUUUGACCAGCAGGGAGACAAAGGGCACUAAUGGGAUCUGCAGUUGUUAAUCUACUUUUUAUUUUGGAUGCUUCAUUUUAAAUGGAUUCUGAUGAUUUUACUUGUUAAGAAAUACACUCGUGGUGAUGCUCUUUAGUGUUUUCUCAGGAGUUGGUACAAACCAAAUACAGAGCCAACAGUAGUGUGAAUAUUGGACUUCAUCUGGCAGAUGCAAACCUACAAAUUAAUUAAGCUAGUUGUGUAAAUAAGCAAAUGUUUGCCAUAGGGCCACUAGGGCCAUAUUAAUUCAUAAUAUAAAUAAUCUGUCAAUGUUGUGUUUGCAAAUUAUUUGUUGUGUAAGUGUUGAGGGUCAAGCUGUGCAGAGAAACCUCCCCACUUAAACAGAUGACUGCAUACUUUUCAUAAAUGCAUCUAUCUGCACAGUGGAGAUUCAAACAAAGGACAGCCAGCAUUGUUGGGUGGAAGGGGGCUUUGAGAAUCAUACUUGAAUGUACUGAUCAUGGAUCACAGGAUUAUUUCAAGUAAA